CCAUCUAAUAUUACAUUGCCACACAGGGAGGACUGUGUCUACACGUGCCAUGAACAUGCAUUUGCAGAUGUGAACUCUGCCGCUUUUAGACUUUGCACAAGACUCAACCACACAUCGGUUUGUUGCGCACGGAAACACCGAAAAGUCUCCCAGUAAUGGCAAUCCCGAAAUAUUUCACGGCAGCAUGCUGGAAGAGUUUUCAAGGCGACCGGCUAAACAGGCAGCUGGUCUUCAUUUUACGCGCCUUGCACAAAUCAGCAGCCAGCGAGGCUUUUGGGAUCACCGCGGCUGGAGAAGAGGCCAUGCCUGAGAGACUGAUCACACCGGCAGAUGUCGGCGAGAAAACCAGAGCCAUGUCCCUGAAGGAGAUGCCUGGACCGAGCACCAUAGCCAACUUGGUCGAGUUCUUCUGGAGAGACGGGUUUAGCAGAAUUCAUGAAAUUCAGAUGGAGCACAGAAAGAAAUAUGGCAAAAUCUUCAAAUCCCGUUUUGGGCCCCAGCUGGUGGUCUCGGUGGCAGACCGUGACCUGGUGGCUGAGGUGCUCAGGGCAGAGGGCGUGGCCCCUCAGAGGGCUAACAUGGAGUCCUGGAAGGAGUACAGAGACAUGAGAGGCCGUUCGACUGGACUCAUCUCAGCUGAGGGAGAAGAUUGGCUGAAGAUGCGCAGCGUGCUCAGGCAGCUCAUCAUGCGUCCCCGUGACGUAGCAGUCUUCUCUGACGAUGUGAACCGAGUGGUAGACGACCUGAUCAAGAGAGUCGGUAUUCUGAGCGCCCAGGGGCCUGAUGGAGCGACUGUCCUCAAUGUGAAUGACCUCUUCUUCAAAUAUGCCAUGGAAGGUGUGGCAGCCAUUUUAUAUGAAGCCCGAUUAGGCUGUUUGGAAAAUGAGAUUCCCCAGGAAACUCAAGACUACAUCAGUGCACUGCACCUCAUGUUCAGCUCCUUCAAGACAACCAUGUACGCCGGGGCAAUCCCUAAGUGGCUCCGACCUGUGUUCCCCAAACCGUGGGAGGAGUUCUGCCUGUCCUGGGAUGGCCUCUUCAAAUUCAGCUGCAUUCACGUUGAUAAGAGGCUGACAGAGAUCAAGGCCCAGCUGGAGCGGGGAGAGGAGGUGAAGGGGGGACUGCUCACACACAUGCUUAUUUCCAAGGAGAUGAACAUGGAGGAGAUCUACGCCAACUUGACGGAGAUGCUACUGGCAGGGGUCGACACGACAUCCUUCACCCUUUCAUGGGCCAGCUACCUGUUAGCGCGGAACCCUCAUGUACAGGAGCAAAUCUUUACGGAAGUGACACAGACUCUGGGGCCUGGAACUGUUGCCUCAGCUGCUGAUGUUGCUCAUCUGCCUCUCAUCAGGGGGCUGGUCAAAGAGACUCUCAGGCUUUUUCCAGUUCUCCCUGGCAACGGACGGAUUACCCAGGAUGACUUGGUGGUGGGCGGAUACUUCAUCCCCAAAGGGACUCAGUUGGCUCUUUGUCACUACUCCACAUCUUUUGAUGAAGAGAAUUUCCCUGAUGCUUCAGACUUCCGACCGGAUCGCUGGAUACGUAAAGACUCCACAGAUCGUGUCGACAACUUUGGCUCCAUUCCCUUUGGCUACGGCAUCAGGAGCUGCAUCGGCAGGAGAGUAGCAGAGUUAGAGAUGCAUCUAGCUCUCACAAGGCUCAUUCAGAGGUUCCACAUUGGUGUUUCUCCUCUUACUGCUGAUGUCAAGGCCAAAACCCACGGCCUACUCUGCCCUGCUGCCCCCAUCGACCUGCAGUUCAUCGACAGGGAAAAGUAAACGCUGACUCCUCUCCAUAAGGUCUACUGUACUGUAUGUUUAUAAUGCUCUGAUUUAUUAGUAGUUUUUUUUUUUAAUAUACUGCCUUUAGUACACCUUCCACUGUUAAAUUGUGGAUACUGAGCUGAGACUGAGGUUUUACUCAGGCAAGAAAUGUGUCUUACCUCCUCCUGUUUAUUAGUGAGGAGGACACAGAAAUAGUACUGGACCAGUAAUGUAAAGAUAAAAGCUGUUCUUGGCAGUGUAUCAUUUGUACGUUGUGAAAGCCACUGCAGUCUGGACUGUUACUCCUUCCAUUCAUCCUAUUCAAAAUAGUGAGUGGAAACAUGAACUAUAAUCUAUAUACUCAAGCUGUAUCUCUUCAUAUUAAUGUGCAUACAUGUAUGUAAUAAUCACACUGUUUCCUCUGAGUUUGAGAAAGCAAUUCACUGAGAAUGUUGAAGGGCAACCAUGAAUGUACUGAAAAUGAGCUGUUUUAAGAAGUACAGUUUGUAUAUAAUGAGCUUUAUUUUAAGAUAGUGUUUUCUCUGUGUUGCAAGCCAAAAUAUCGUUACAGGUUGCUUUUUUUUCUGGCACCACAAUUUUUUAUUCAGUCUGAGGAAGAACAUUUAAUCACUCAAGUGGCAUUACAUGAUUUUAAUAUAUGCACUGUAUAUCCAGGAAACAUUAAAUACAUAGUAAACGCAGAAAAAAAAAAAAACAGUUUUGAAUAUAUAUGUUUUUAAACAUCAUUCUAGGGAAAAUGCUUUUUAGCUUUUUUAAAAAAAGGAAUUUGAUCAUCCUGUAAGUUUGAACUAAUGAAUAAACUAUUAUAAACUAAAUUAAUCACAAAGUAGAUUAUUUGCUUAACUAAUUAAAUGUUUAUCUAUUUUUUCACACUCUAUAUUUGGAUCAAAAUGUGUUCAGUGUUCCUGAUUUAUAUGCUGUUUGUGUCAAUACAAGUAUUUCACCGGAUUAUCUGUUACGUUAUGAUUUCACUGAGAGGGAUGAUGUAUGUUACAAAAUGGUUUUGCAAGGGGGAUGAGACAAGUUGUUGGAUUGUGCUGUUAUAAAGGAUCACACUGGUUUGCAUAGAGGAAAAUGGAACCUUUUAUAUUGUUGUAUUUAUCUGCUCUUUUGUCUUUCUGUAUCUUUAUAUUGUAGUUCCAGUGAAACUGGGAAACAAUAAAAAUGAUCUAAUUAUUU